GGCUCGAGUAUUCUAUCUGAAUUUACUCUAUUGAACUUUUGGCUCGACACUCAUCUGCGGUAUCUAAAGUCAAACUACAAAAAUAUCUGAACGCGCUCACCAUUGUUACUCGCAUUGAAAAUGGAAACUGCGGCUGUGGAAAGGGCGACCGCCACCGCUAAAUUGUCGACUACUAAAGUUACUAUAGUCGAGGUGGUGUCGCCAGACCAGGAACUUUACUUGCUUAGUAGAAGAGACGAGGAAGAGAGAGACAGGCUAGACCAACAGAGCAAAUCCAUUAGAGUUAUCAGAGAUGGACACGUCCUUGACCCCCGAAUCCCAAAGGAAAAUGUAUUCAGAGUAGCAGAUAUUGCAACAGGUACCGGGGUUUGGCUCAGAGAACUGGCUGAGGAAUUUUCGAAUGGGGGAUACAACCUUCUGGAAACAGUAGGGUUCGAUAUCUCUCCUGAUCAAUUCUUCAAAAAUGCUGUUGAAGAAGACAAAUUUGUACUAUGGGAUAUGACGAAGAGUUUCCCCAAAGAAUACCACGGCACCUUUGAUGUCGUGCAUAUACGACUCGUCGUGCUCGCCCUGAAAGCUGAACAGAUCAAAGGCGUUGUAGAGAAUCUGGUCGAGUUACUCAAACCUGGAGGAUAUCUUCAAUGGACCGACAUAUCCUACCGAAACGGCCUACAGAUAACACAGUCCGAUGAUGAAAGCGACCCCUCAUGGAAAGCAGAGAUAGACAAUAUGUUCAAGAACUGGGGCGACCAAGGAUUUUCCUACGAUGUAGCUGAAGACGCAGAAAAAGCUCUUCAAGAUUUGCCCGUGGAGGACGUGCAUGUGACCAACCACACAUUUGCACCUAUUAAAAGACCGGAAAUAAAUAGCUUGGUCAUUGAGUGGCAAUGGCGUUCCAAGUCGCUUGUUAUAGAAAUGCUAUCGUCUCGGAAUGGACUGAGCAAGGAAGAAGCGAAGAUGGCUGCGUCUGUCUACCGGAAUAAAGCUAUCGAGAUGGGGAAGCGGGGCACGAUGUGGAGGUCACCGAUGGCAACACUGGUCGCUCGCAAAAAGUGAAAGUUGUCAAGUGUCAGGCACCAGCCCAAUACUCCUCAUUUGGGAUUUGGCGUUGAGAGAAUGCGAAGCGGCCCAGCAAAUAUGGGUAGCUAUCUACAAACCGGGGAUCCAUUCUGAAUGAACAGAUAUUCAUGGGGACCCUGGGUCAAUUCAGGUUCCUGCACGCCUUGUAGAAUAUUGAUAUAUCACA